AGCUACAGCCACAUUUACGGUAACGCCACGGCUUCAGCUUCCAAGAUGGCGGCGUCCAUAACGCAAACAUGCCAUGUUGCCUGUAGCGCAAACAGAGCACCAAAUGUUCUUUCUUGGAGUCGUGGAGGGAUAAUUGCUUUCGGAACAUGUAACUCGGUGGCUCUGUACGACCCACAGGAGAGAAGAGUUGUCGCUGUCCUGAAUGGCCACACAGGCAGAGUAAAUGCAGUCCAGUGGGUCCACACAGAGGACUGUGCUCCAGAGAGUCACCUGGUGUCAGGAGGAUCAGAUAAUCGAGUCAUUGUCUGGGAGACACAAAAUGGGAAGUUCAGCCAGUCAGUGGAGUGUAAGGGCCAUACUGCUCCAGUGUGUGCCGUGGAUGCCAUCUGUCUGCAGGGCUCGGAGGUCCUGGUGGCCUCGUCAGCAUCAGACUCCACUGUCAGACUGUGGCUCAGCCAUGGAGCCCAAGCUGAAUGCCUCCAUACCUUAUCAUUCGGCAGCGGUUUCAUGAUGGAUGUCUCUCUGGCACUGUUGCCAGGCAGCAGAGUUCCCGUACUGGCCUGUGGGGGUGAUGACUCUCGGGUUCAUCUGUAUGUGCAGUCCAACGGACAGCUCCAGAGAGUUGUGUCACUGCAAGGCCAUGAGGAUUGGGUUCGCGGGGUGGAGUGGGCAUCCAUAGGUGGGGAGCUGUUAUUAGCCAGCUGUUCGCAGGACUGUCUCAUCAGAGUGUGGAAGCUGUGUGCCAAGUCUGGCACAGACACCCUCACAGAGGACGAUCACAGCAUCAUCAAAAUGAAAGAGGACGUUUUUGAAGUGAAGGAGAAAGACGUGCACGCAGUGUUUGCUGUGUCCCUAGAGACUGUCCUGGCAGGCCAUGAGAACUGGGUCUAUGGACUCCACUGGCAGCCUCCCUCUUUCAAAGGUGGCCAGUGGACACAGCCUCUCAGUUUGCUCUCGGCCUCAAUGGACAAAACCAUGAUCCUUUGGGCUCCCGAGGAAGGAUCCGGAGUCUGGGUGGAGCAGGUGCGUGUAGGAGAGGUUGGUGGCAACACUCUGGGUUUCUAUGGCUGCCAGAUGAGUCCAGAUGGUUCCAUGAUUGUAGCUCAUGCUUUUCAUGGUGCACUACACCUCUGGCACAAGGACCAAGACAAAGAGGGGGAGUGGAGCCCAGGGGUUGUGAUAUCGGGUCACUUCAACGCCGUUCUUGACCUGAGCUGGGAUCCUGAGGGAGAGUUCAUCCUCAGCGUGGGCUCAGACCAAACCACCAGACUCUUCACUCCAUGGAAAAAACAAGAUGCCGCACAGUCAACCUGGCAUGAAAUCUCACGGCCGCAGAUCCACGGAUACGAUAUGCAGUGUCUGGCCAUGGUCGGACGGUUCCAGUUUGUGUCCGGAGCCGACGAGAAGGUCCUGCGGGUUUUUCAAGCACCGCGUAACUUUGUGGAGAACUUUGCAAACAUCUCUGGAACGUCACUUGAGAAGCUCUUGGCAUCCAGCCUAAUGGAUACCGCUGACCUUCCAGAAGGGGCCAGCACACCUGCCUUAGGUCUGUCCAACAAAGCUGUAUUUCAAGGUGACCUCAUUCUUAAGACCGACGUGGAAGAAGAGCAGUUCAACAGCAUAUCUGACCAAUACCAGGAGUCUUAUUUCCACCCUCUCAACCUUACUGAGCCCCCACCAGAGGAUCAUCUUCUCCAGAACACACUGUGGCCCGAGGUCCAGAAACUGUACGGCCAUGGCUUUGAGAUGUUCUGUCUUGCAUCAGACAGCACCAAAACGGUGGUGGCCUCCGCAUGCAAGGCUUCUAAAGCAGAGCAUGCGUCCAUUCUGCUGUGGAGUGCAGCCUGUUGGCGCCAGAUCCAGGCGCUGCCUUGCCACACCCUCACCGUCACCCAGAUGGCCUUCUCACCCGACGCACAACUCCUGUUGGCCGUGUCCCGUGAUCGCACCUGGUCUCUGUGGCGCCGGAACCCACCCUCCUCCGAUAGCCCAGAGCCCCAGUUUUCCUUGUACGCACACACGGGGAAGGACACAGCCAUACACAGCCGAAUCAUCUGGUCCUGUGACUGGAGCCCUGACAGCAAAUACUUUGUCACAUCCAGUCGUGACAAAAAGGUGAUAAUGUGGGGCCCAUGCAGAUUGGAGGACAACGGAAACCCUGCAGAGAUCCAGCACUGCUCCUCUAUCCUGGAUGUGGGUGAUUCUGCCACUGCUGUAGCUUUCUGCCCCACACUCUGCUCUGAUCACAGCUACUUGCUGGCAGUGGGCUUGGAGUGCGGCAGGAUCCUGCUGUACAGGUGGAGCCCCAGCCAGGACUCUGCUGGAGGACAGGACUGGGCCAGCUAUGGAGAAACGGACACCGUCCACGCCCUGGCAGUCAAGAGGCUUCGCUGGAGGCCCAGGGCGGGCCGCGCGGGUCGGCAGAGCGGCAGCCUGGCCGGGGCGAAAGGAGAGAAGGACCCGCAGACAGAUGGAGGAAACGAAACUGAGGAAGAGAGCUCCUGGGCCCAGCUUGCCAGCGCCAGCGCCGACCACUCUGUCAAAAUCUUCAACGUCAACAAACGGGCUCUUUAGCACCACCAACCCUGACACUAUUAUGUCUCACGCACACAAAGACUGCUUGGACCGAGGGCCACAGCCCUGUCCGGGGUUAGUAAGGCCGCGGCUGUUCACUGGCAAGCCGUUCACUCCCUGUGACAGCCAGUUAAGUCACGGGUCACUCCCAGGACAAGCACGCAGCCCACACGCCCCGCAGCCUGUCUGAGCAGAUCAGAAUGGAUUUGAUGGGUGUAAGCAAGAUGGUGAAAACACCGUGACCUCAGGGUUGUAUUUUGCUUAUACACUUCAAAGUGUUUCAGAGUCAGAAGUGGCAGGACAUCCAUUCACUAGCAGAGAAAGCGUAUUUAGACAGAUUAUCCAAGCUGGCAUUUAUAUGGUCAAAUUGUAUUGUUUCUGUGACCUGACUGUUGUAACACCCUCAACCUUUUGAAUUUACCACAACAGAACUACAGUGGACCAGCAGACUCGACUGCUGGAGUGUAAUGCCUGAAUGUUAGUCACAGACAAGUGUAAUUUUAAAUGUGUAUUAAUGUUAUUGGUAUUAAUAAAAUUUAAA